CACCGUCACGUCACCGUACCACCGUUCGGUCCCUCCGAUCCGAUCAUCUUUCUCUUUCAAUUUCAACUUCAUCGAUCAUCGUUUCAUCAUCAUCAUCCAUCAGUCAUCUUCUAACGUUCAAACUAGGCUGCUAGGAAGGAGCGAAGGAGGUUAAAUUAAAAUGGCUGAUCCUAAGUAUGCUAACCUUGUCGGCAUUGCCUACGAUCAGCCUGAUGUCUAUGAAACAAAGGACUUGCCUGAAGCAGAUCAGAAUGCAGAAAUAUUUGAGGAGGAAUCUGACAGCAUAGAACGCCUGCACAUUAGUGCAACUAAUGCAUUAUCCAAGUUUAAAGGAAAACGUUUAGAUGCAAGCCGAGUUGACUUUUCUGAUAGGCUAGGAAAACAGUCUCGCACGGGUUAUGAUGCAAGAUAUGGAGAUUGGGAACUAGCUGGUGAUGGAGAAAAAGAGACCCCAAUUCAAAAAUAUCAACGACUUCAGUGUGAAGUAAAAGAACUUUUGGAUGAAGUAGCCAAUUUGAAGGAGACAGCCAAGGAUGAAACCAACAAGCAGUCAUGUAUUGUGGUAGGUAGACAUGCACAAGAUCUGGUACAACAACUGACAGAGAUGAGGCUAGAGGAACAGCUGGGAGUUGAACUGGUGGCUAGUCUGUCCGAUCCUCAAGGAGCUCAAAUCAAAAAGCUGCUGUCUCAGUUGGAGCAGUUCCAGGCCAAGCGUGGUGGGGGGGACCACCACAGUAAGGGGGAGGGGGUGGGGUCAGAGGUCAAGUUUCAGAUGAUGCUGCGACCUGGCCAUGCACAACUGGCGCAGACAGCUCGCCUAGCAGACCUAGAGCAACGUCUGGCCAGGGUGGAGCAGGCUGUGGGGAACACACCUGCCAAGCUGUCUAGGUUGGGAUUGGGAGAGGGUAGUUUGAUGACCACAACGCAGCAAUUGGCUGGUAGAGCUGCUUUGUUGGAUGCUGCGGCCUUAGAUGCUGCAGAGACUCGACUGUCCAGCUUGUUGACCAAACUGGACCAAGUAGCAGAGAAAACUGCAGCAAUCACCGGCUCAUCCGACCCCGAUAGAGAUAAGAAGAUCAACGAGCUUUACGAACUAGCUAAGAAGGCAGAGUAUCUGUCUCUAACUCUUCCUCAGACCUUGGACAGGUUAAUAGCUCUACAGAAUCUUCAUCAACAAGGAGGAGAGUUUGCUAAGUCACUAAGUGAGAUGGAGUCUGUCCAAGUCCAGUUAGCAGCCAAAAUGAGGGCUAAUUCAGAACUGCUGGCGAGUGUGGAGGAAGGACUCAAGACCAACUUUACAACCAUCAAGACCGACUUGGAAAGCUUAGAUUCGAGGAUUAAAGGGCUCUCCAGCAAGAAAUAACAUUUACCUUCAGUGAACCCAUCGAGCAUGCCCGAGCAUCUAGCAUUGUUACUGUGAUGUUUAUUUUGUAAUUUGAAAGUUUAUUUAUGAUCUGUUGCUUUUGUAUUGUAAAAGUGCUUUGUCACCAUGUUUUUUUUGUAAAUUUUUAGAUAUAUAUUACAACUUUGAACAAAAUCUUUUCCCACAAAAUUUGAAAUGUUUACCUAUCUUUGUAUGAAAGUUUUUUUUUUAACUGUUAUACUUGAAGUACUGUAUUGAGUACGGUAAUUAGUUGAAGAAGUUUGUAUGUAUUAAUAUUUGAAGUAUUUAUUUUGAAAAAAGUGGAUCCAAAGCCGAAUUUGUUUUUGUGUGUUAUAAGAGUUGUUGUAUUUUUUAACCCUCCGAGUGUUAAGCGUGUAAAAGCGACGCACAACACAGAUGCUGUGGUGUUAUGCGUCGCUUUUGCGACUCAUCGUUUACGGUGAAGGCUCUGGGAUUGACUGAAUCAGAUUGGACUGGAUCGAGAUUGGUAUUGUUGUUUUCGGCAGAUUCUAAGCUUUCCUGAUGUCUGUUUCUAGGUGCUUUUCAUUUUAGUUCCGAUCAUAUUGUAGCAGACAGAUGACGUGCGUAUUUGUAAACAACUUGGUUGACGUCAUAUCGGAGACUGAUGUGUUUUAUUACGUUUAUCAUUGUUUUAGUGUUAAAAAUAAAAAGUAGUGAUAUAUGUGGUGCAUUAUAAGAAGAUUUAAGUGAUUUUGAAGGGCUGGUUGAUGAUCCUGAAGAAGUAGGUAGUGAUAUUGAUGUAAAUUAUCCGUCAGAUUCUUAGCUAUGCAUUCUUAGCUUACGCUAAAUGUAUAAAAUCAGUUUUUCACCCAUAACUUAUUUAUUUGCAAAUUUACUUCCUUAUAUUAUUAUAUUUUUGGAAUCCUCUUAAAAUUUAGAACAAAGUGGCUAUUAAAAUAUUUGUAGACCUAUAAUUAUAAAAGUUUAUUAAGCGCAAACAUAAAUAUUUUUCAUCUUUUUUUUUAGAAAUGUUAACCCCACGAAAAUUGUUGACAAAUUUUUUUUUAAUGUUUUAUAUAUUACAUUGAAGCCCAUAAUUUUCCAAACAAAAUGAUAUAUAAAACCGUAUAUUUUAGAGUGUUUUUAAGUUUCUAAGAUCCAUUUUAAUAAAACCCUGCGGUUGCGCAAUAAAUAGGCCAACAAUAACAAUACUCAAUACUAAUAACUACUAUUACUACUAAUACUAUUACUAUGGACACUUGGAGGGUUAAAGAAGCAGAAGGAAGACAAAAAUAACAAAUUUAUGAAUGAAAUAAAAAUAUUGUUUAAUGAGCAGAGAUUGUAAAGUGUAUGAGGUCAAGGUAAUAUAUUUUGUGUGUAUUUUAAAUUUAUGCUAUGAGGCACUUGAUUGUUGAACAAUUCAUGACGGAAUGUGAGCUUUUCACCCAACUGUACCUGUAGCAAAACUUAUCCAUUCAAUUAUUCAUAAAACAGUGCCAUUUUUGGUUGCCGGGAUUUGGGAAUUGGGUGUCUAAAGUAUGAGGAGGUACCAAACAAAUUUAGGAUUCUCAACACUUUGUUAGUGAUUCCAUUGUUUAAAACUGGUCAGUGAAAAUUUGCUUAGUAUUAGCUAAGUAGGAGAUGUUACAGUAGAACCCCUUUUAUCUGUCGGAUGCUGGAUAACUUGAGGGUCGUACCAGUGGAAAAGUAAAUCGGUUCCGGGUCUGGGUCUUACCAUGAGACCUACGGUAAUAGCUUAUUCCCUAAAUGGAAAAUUCGUUAAAAGUUAAAAGGCUAAUUUUGUGCAAAAGUCAGAUAUUGAGGGUUCUACUGCAUGUUAAGAAGAGUUAUUCUGACAAAUCUGUUUGGUGCCUUCUUGUAAAUAUUAACACUAAAAGUUAUUGCACAAUCACAGGUGUAUGAAAUUAUAUUAACUGCACUAAUAUAUUGUUUUGCUUUGAAACAAUACGAUGGCAAUGUAAUGUACAUACUCUCAAUUUUCUUAGAAUAACGGAAAUUAUAUUUAAACCAAUAUAAUGAAAUGUUUUUAUUUUAUGAAUUAUUUUGAUUCAAAAGGGAAAACCAUAAGUACAGUAUUUGUACUAAUAAAAAUAAAAAAUUAGUGCAAGUUCUAAUUAAUAACAAUUAGUUGUCAGUACUCACAAUCCGUGCAUUAAUUUUUUCACCUAAGCAGUUUGGUUUUUUUAACCACUUUGAUCAUAAAUUCUGUACAAUUACUGUACCAUUUUCGGUAAUCAACUCAUCACUGUGUAAGUGUUUUUAAUAUCUCUUAAGCCACGUUGACACGAAGCCAGUUGGCGGGUAGGUAGGUACACUAGAGACGAGUAACCUGCCUGCCGACUCGCCUCGUGUAAACACUGCUUAAGGUUAACAAAUAAACAAGCCACAGUUCAAUUUCCAUAUUAGCCUAGGUUAAUACUUUAAUUUUUGUGUUAUCUAUAAUGUAUUUAAUACUAAUUGUUAUGUUUUGUGUAAUAAAACAUUUGAUUAAACAAUAUUUAUUAAGUAUCUACCUAUAUAAGUUGUUGAAGAAUAAAAUAUGUUUACCAACUUCUUUAGAAACCACAAAAUUCCAAUUUACUCCAUAAUUUUACAACAGGAAAGCUUAUUUAAAUAGGCCAACUGAAUGUAAAAUUAAUAUUUAUUGUCUUUGUUGUUUAAUGUUUAUGUACCUAAGUAAUUUAAUUUUGAAAUCAUUGUAAGCAGAAAAAUAAAUUUGUAAGCUACCAGACCAGUUUUGUAUACUAAAAUAUAUAAAUA